AUGAAGCCGCGAAGUCUGCGCUGUAUGAAGUUUUUCCUAACAUUAUUCAAUAUCAUUUGUAUUCUCUUUGGUCUGGUGCUAAUGGCGAUCUGCGUGAUGAACAUGAGGGAGAAGAAGUCUCGCCCGGAGCAACAGUCGGCUUUGUCCAGGGGAGUCCUGGCCUUCCUCCUGACGUUGGGACUUUGUCUGGUUGUCACUGCUGUUCUGGGCUGCAUUGGCGCUUUGAGGGAACACGUUAAGACUCUUUAUGUGCACACGUGUUUCUUUAUCUUCUUGGUAUCCGUGGAAGUAGUGGUGGGCGUAGGAGGGGCGGUCUUAAGUGCUUGGGUGGGGGGGAGCAGCGAACUCCGAGUUCAGUUCUACAAGAACGCUACUGUUGAAGACGAGUUCUCCAGCAACCAAGCUUUCUGGGACCAUCUGCAGUCUGAGAACCAAUGCUGUGGCGUCGACGGGCCAACUGAUUACAGCAUUCUUCACCGGGACAUCCCCCCCUCUUGCUGCUCCCGCGCACAUCCGCUGCGAGAUGGCGCAGCCAGGCGUCAUUUGCACUCCACCUGCCUUACAGAGAAGACGUACUACGGCCGGGGCUGUGAAGAAGCUUUACGCCAAAAGAAAGCAUUUAAAGGAAACAUCCUCAUAACUACUGGUGUUAUUUUUGCUCUCCUGGAAAUAUUGUGCAUCGUUUUGGCUCUCUGGAUGGCCAGGACGAUACGAGUGGAACGCAGGAAACUUCAGCAGAAUCUACAAGCACAUUUUGAGAAUUAA